AUGGCCACCCAGAGCGCUCCCUACAGCGGCCCAGUGGUCGACGGCCUCGCGCAGCUGCGGCAGAAGCUUGCUGGACCGCGACCGCCCAAGAACGUGCUGGUCUUCGACCUCGCAACAGAGCCGCAGUCGCCCGAGGUGGCGGCGGCGGUCAUCGCCUGGCUGCUGGCGGCAAAGUCCGGACGCGAGCUGGGCGUGGUGCUGAUGCGCGGACAGCCUGCGGCGAUGCAGGUGCAGUGCCCGUGCUGCCCGGCGGCUCUGCGCCUGAAUCCGAGCCAGCGCACGGCACGCGGGCACGCCGUGGCUUACGUCGGCGUCGGUGGGGUGCCGCUCGACGCACCGCCGGGCAGCGCCGCAGCGGCAAGCCUCGCCAUGUGCGCCCUUGUUGCAUCGACGGUCUUUGCCGAUGCGGGCUCGCCGGGCAUCGGGCUCUUCUCGCCGGCCCCGGAGCUUGUGCCGGGCGGUACAGCGGUGACGACGGCGCUGAGCUCGCUCGGGGCGCGGGUGACGGUUGGCGCGGUGCCGCCGGCGACGGCGGCGCGGCGCAGCUCGCAGUCUGCGGCGUAUCUGCGGUCGCGGCAGGCCGAGUCCAAGACGCGGGCGACACGGGCGUCGCCGCGGAAGCAGAUUCCGCUACCAAGCCGCCUGACGGCUGAUGUGGUGGCAGCGGUACUCUCGGCCUCGCUCGACUCGUUUGCGCCCGACGCAGUCGACUGGCUCCGCGACGGCAACGGCGGGUGGCGCGAGCUGACGCAGGUGCUCAGUGAGCUGGUGACUGUAGGCGAGGCGACCGACGCUGCGCCGCCGCCGACCAACGCGUUCAAGGUGGCGAUGAACCGGGCCAAGAUCUGGCUCUCGAAUAUGAUGGUGCACCAGCGGGCGUCGCUACCCAAGAGCUAUGAGGCGCUUUGCAACGCACUCGAGCCGAUGAUGCGGGUCCAGAUCCCGUCGCUCUUUCCGCCCGAGUAUCUGGCGCUGCAGAUGGUUCACGCUGGUGUCGUUGACUUUUGCGAGCAGUGCGGCUCGCUGGCAAACUCGCCGGGCUCCUCUAUGCUACCGCUGGUGCGGUCUUCGGCGCUCACCGCGCUGGGCUCGGGAAAUCCCUCGACCGACAAUCCUGCCAUGUUGCCGCCGUCGGCCCCGUUUGCACGCCUUAUUCUUGCUCUCUUUGCCCGGGUCGAGGCCUGGAUGGCGCGACAGGCAAGCAAGCGAGUCUCGCUCCCCGUCGUCCUCCGCGGCAUCGCCGCCUCCUCGGCCCUCACAGUUGCCGUCCCGCCGCGAGUCAUCAUCGACAAGCUGCAAGUCCAAGGCAUUGUUGCCGGCAAAGGCGGCGCAUCGACCGGCAGCUGGUACUUUACCCUCGCCGAGGACACCCAUGCCGAGUGCCAGACUAUCCACGUGGUGUAUGCGCCCGCACUAAUGCUGCUUGCUGCCGCCGUGGCCCAUGCCAACGAGGCGCGUGCGCUGUGGCUGCCACGGGCGGUGGCCGAGGCCGACGUGUCGGCGGCAGCCGAGCCUGCGGCGGCGGCGGCGCGUGCGCUCGCGCCGCACGUGGCGACGCACACGCCGUGUGUACUGCGCGGCGCAGGCGGAGCCGGAUGGGGCGACGGCCUAGCAAAGUGGACGCCCGAGUACCUGGAUGCGGCUUUGGGCGAUGCGGCACUGACGGUCGACGCCACGCCGACCGGGCGGGCCGACGCGGUGCUUGGCGGCGCAGCCUUUGUCAUGCCCGAGGAGCGGACCAUGACCUUUGCGGCCUUUCUCGCCGCCCUGCGUGCCACUGAGGCCGAGGGCGGUACCGGAGCCCUUUGCGCCCCGCUCGAUCGUUCCACCACCGCCGCCACCCUCGCCACCGGCCGUCCCAUCGACGUCGACUUUACCGGCGGCGCCGAGGUGCUGUACCUGCAGAACCAGAACUCUAACUUUACUUCGGAGUUUGCGCCGCUGCACGCAGACGUUGCCGCCGCGCCACCGGUCGGCGCGGCGCUCUUCCCAGGCACUGGCGGCGCGCCCGAUGCCGUCAACGUGUGGAUGGGUGGCGCCCGGUCGGUGACCUCGCUACACAAGGACCACUACGAGAACCUGUACCUCGUUGUAGCCGGGCGCAAGCACUUCACCCUUCUCCCUCCCACCGACGCCCCGUUCUUGCACCAGGCCGACUACCCGGCGGCCCGCUACGUGUCGACCGGCGUCAAUGGCACCUGGCGCCUGGUGCCCGAGCCGGGCGUGCCCUCGACGACCUGGAUCGCGCUCGACCCGGACGCGCUCGACCUCACUGCCUUUCCGCGCGCUGCGCACAUCGCCCCGCUUCACGUCACUCUCGAAGCCGGUGACGUCCUCUAUCUGCCGUCGCUCUGGUUCCACCAGGUUGCCCAGGAGCCGGACCCGACUACUGGCCUCAUGAUUGCCCUCAACUGGUGGUACGACAUGGACUACGCCUCGCACUGGUACACCUCAUUCACUCUGCUCGAGGCCUUGGUCGGCGUCCUGGAUGCCGAGGCCGAGGCCGAGGCGAAGACAGAGCGUGGAGCGUGUGCAGUUGAGCCUGUGGAAUGA